CCCACUAAGAAAUCGUUCAAAUGAGCUGUCGGAAAACAGCUCCGACCAGCCUGUGUGUUCUCUUCUGCCUUCCGUUAUAUAAAACCUCUCUUUUCCUCUCCCUUCUCUCAUUCACUUUAUAGAAUUCUCUCUUCCUUCCAUUUCUUUUCUUGAAUUUCGAAAUGGCUCAAGAAGAGGCACAGAAAUCAGCAGAUGUCGUAGUCACAACGGAGAAACCAAUGACCGAUAAGGAGGUGACUGUACCUUCUCCGGUGCUGGAGAAAGAGGUGACUCCCACGGUUGCUUCGGAGGAGAAGGCCGAGUCCGAGAAGGAAGAAGAAGAGACAGUCGUAGCUGAGAAGGUGAUUGUUCCAUCCCCUGAAGAACUUGAAAAGAAGGCACUUGCGGAGUUUAAAGAGCUCGUGAGGGAGGCUUUGAACAAACGGGAAUUCACUUCUCCGGUGCCGGUGAAGGAAGAGAAACCAGAGGAGAAGAAGCCGGCCGAGGAAACCAAAGGAGAAGACAAAACAGAGGAAAAGAAGGAAGAAGAGAAACCGGAAGCCAUUAAGUUGGAGGCAAAAACUGAUGCGGUGGCUCCCGCAGAGACCAAAUCAGAGGAGAAAGAAGCAGUGUCAGACACCGUGGCUGAAGAAGAUGGAACCAAGACCGUGGAAGCAAUUGAAGAGUCGAUAGUCUCCGUCACUCCUCCAGAGAACACCGUAGUCUCCGAGGCAGAGCCUAUGGAGCCGGAAGAAGUCUCCAUCUACGGAGUUCCUCUCCUCCAAGACGAGAGAUCCGACGUGAUCCUCCUAAAGUUCCUCCGAGCAAGAGACUUCAAGGUUAAAGAAGCAUUGACGAUGCUGAAAAACACCGUCCAAUGGCGCAAGGAAAUCAAAAUCGACGAGCUCGUAGAAGCCGAAGCCGGAGAAGAAGCGAGCGAGUUCGAGAAGAUGGUUUUCGCUCACGGUGUGGACAAAGAAGGUCAUGUCGUGAUCUACAGCUCCUACGGUGAGUUCCAGAACAAGGAGCUUUUCUCUGACAAGGAGAAGCUUAACAAAUUCCUCAACUGGAGGAUUCAGCUUCAGGAGAAGUGUGUGAGAGCUCUGGAUUUCAGCAGCCCUGAUGCCAAAUCUUCGUUUGUGUUCGUCAGCGACUUCAGGAACGCUCCUGGCCUCGGCAAGAGAGCGUUGUGGCAAUUCAUCAGGCGUGCCGUCAAGCAAUUCGAGGACAAUUAUCCCGAAUUCGCCACUAGAGAGCUGUUCAUCAAUGUUCCAUGGUGGUACAUUCCUUACUACAAAACAUUCGGAUCGAUCAUUACAUCACCAAGGACUAGGAGCAAGAUGGUUCUUGCUGGUCCAUCUAAAUCUGCUGAUGCAAUUUUCAAAUACAUUUCUCCUGAACAAGUCCCGGUUAAAUACGGUGGACUUAGCAAAGAUAUUCCUAUAUCCACUGAAGAUACUGUAACUGAAGCUAUAGUUAAACCAGCAGCCAAAUACACCAUAGAUUUGCCUGCUUCUGAUGCUUGCAUGCUUUCAUGGGAACUAAGGGUGUUGGGUGCAGAUGUUAGCUAUGGAGCUCAGUUUGAGCCGACCACAGAGGGAAGUUAUGCUGUGAUUGUCUCUAAGAACCGGAGGAUUGAGCCAACCGAUGAACCGGUUAUAACUGAAUCUUUUAAGGUGGGUGAACCGGGAAAGAUUGUGAUCACAAUCGAUAACCAGACUUCCAAGAAGAAGAAAGUGCUCUACAGGUUCAAAACUCUACCAAUAUCUGAUCUUUGAAAUGAAACUUGAAACUUGAACAGGUCACAUCCAGAUUAAAAAAAAUUGAAACUACAUGUCAAUUACCACAACCCAGUUGGAAGGACGAAGAACAAGGAUUAUUUUGUUAUUUAUUAUGUAAUUUGAAAUGUAAAAUGUUAUUUUUGUACUUGUGUUUUGCUGGAAUGGUUUGCUCUGUUUUGAGCAUUGGGCUGUUUUGUGUAUGAAUAAUAUGUGAUUAAAAUUCAAAAGCAAGAACAAUACUUUGUUUC